AUGGAGCAGAAAGAUGGUGAAGCAGCACAAAAGUUGCAGUCGUUAACCGAAAAGCUGACCACGCUUCGCCAUGAGAACAUCGACCUGGUGCAGCAUAAGAAAGAUAUUGAGUCACUACUUUCAAUUGAAACUGAGAAGCGAGCGAAUGCUGAAGAAGAAAUGGCACAGAUGCGUGAUCAACUCCUUGCGAACGCAAAUCUUCUGGCUAGUCCCGCACUGAGUCGGGUUGGAAGUACGAACGCCUUCUCUGAUUAUUUAUUCAUUCAGUUAUGCAGUUACUUUCAUGUCAAGCAUAUCGCAUGA